UGAAGAAGAGUUUUGAUGCACUGGCUUUUCAUACCAUUUGUUGUUUUGCAUUACAUCGUGAGUAAAAUUCUCAACCGGUCAUGCCGAACUAUUUUCUCUAUUUAAACACUUUGAUUGCUGUUACAUUGACGCCGCUUGUCUGUAUAAAAUUGUACAGACUGAUAAGAAAACCAAAGCCACUAAAACAAGUGCUAUUCGCGAAUAACAUUUCGGGUUGUUGCAGCGACACUAACUUUUCAACCGUUAACACUUGUCCCAAUCAAUAUUGUUUCAAAAAUAAUUUGUGGCAAAUAGUUCGGUUAAUUGAUCAGAGCCAGAAUUCGAUUUGUCUGGCUUUGUAUACGUUAAGUUUGGACGACGUAAAGAAUGCACUCACGAGAGCCAAAUGCCGAGGCGUUCAAAUAAGAAUCAUCACCACAGAGGAGUCAAUGAAGAAUUUAAGUAGAGAUUUUACACGGCUGUCAACUUCCGGUAUCGCUAUUCGCUUCCCACUUCACGGAACAGAAAGACUACUCCAUCACAAACUUUGCAUUAUUGACGGCGAAGAUCGAAAGUACAGACAGUCAAAACAAUCGGUGCCGGUGCUACUGAGCGGAUCAAUGAAUUGGACAAUGAGUUCCUUCACUUCCAAUUGGGACAAUAUUACCAUCGACUCGGACUAUGAUGUAGUUAAGAAAAGCCAAAGAGAGUUCGAUUCAAUGUGGGACAGUUUCAAGCGUUCCAAUUAGUACGGAGGAGACAGAUCAGUCCCAAAGCUUAAUUUAAUAUAAUUCGAGUUAAGGCUGUGAUGAUUUUACAUUUUCAUAUUGAAGAGAGUAAAAAAAAUUGAGAUCCAAA